CCUACCUGCGGCCGUUCCGGGUUAAACCAUUCGGCACAGGGACGAGGGGAGGGCAGCGAUAGAUUGAACCAUUCUGGAGGAAGGGGAAGAGAAGAAGCGGGCCGCGGGUAUUCGCAGCGUGGGAAAGCAAGGAUCGAACCACCGUUAUCAAGCGUCUCGUAUUAUGGCUCUGAAAAAAAGCCAAGCAGUUUAAUCCUCUUAGGAAUUCCUGAUCAGGAUCUAUUCCUAAAGCCUCAUUGCACAUCAGAAUGGCAGUUAUAAGCAGGAGUUUAAGCAUCCUGCAGGUCGAGAAUCUGUCCAGAUGCCUUCUCAGGGCUUGUGGGCUUCACACAUCGCCCAACCAGCUGAAUUCGAAUCGGACGUCCAUCGCUUGCUUUCCAAGAUCGAAGUACGCCCGGCUGUAUCCGGUUCUACUGGUUAGACUGGACGGAUCUUCGGUACAUGUCCGGUACAAAGAGCCGAGGCGUGUCCUUCAGAUACCCGUGGAUUUCAAUACCCUCCCCGAGGCCGAAAGGAGAAGCCGGUUGAGGAGGAAGAACUUGAUGAAGUCCAAGAAAGGAGAAGUUGAAACUUUUGAAGACGACUUUCAACUGGAAUAUUAUGAGAAAUUUUGGAAUAAAAAGUGAGGGGGUUUUUUGGCAGUAAGAAAACCAGAAUUCUGUGGCAGCAAGUAACUAGAACGUUAUAGAAGGUGCAAGGAAUGACAAUCCACCCUCAAAUAAAGAGAUUUCUUUGUAA